GUUAUAUUACACUGAUGUUGCUUUAUUAAAAACAAAAAAUAAUGUUGUUAUACAGUUUAAUGUUCUUUUAUAUUAUACUUAAUUCAUCUUUGAGUGUUAAAAUUGAAGACAUUAGUAAAUAUUUAGGUACAAGGACCCCAUAUAGAUUCAAGUACAAUAAAGAAGAUUCCAAAAUUAAAUAUCCUCAUUGCAAGGAUACAAAAAUAUGGAUGGUUGUGCGGCAUGGUACAAGAUUGCCAAGUGCAAAGGACAUACUGGGUAUGAAUAGUGUCCUUGAAGAUUUGAGACACGAAAUUUUGUUGCAAAAUAGAAUUGGAAAAGGGCCUCUGAAUUCGGAACAGUUAGAUGAUUUCGAAAAGUGGUAUAACAAUUUAGAAAUUGAAAAGGAAAAGUUUUUGACAUAUGAAGGGCAGAAUGAAAUGAUACUAUUGGCUGAAAGAACACUGAAAAGAUUUCCGAAUGCCAUAAAGAAGAAAUAUAACAACAAUACUUUCGAGUUUCGGUACACUGCAACACAAAGGGCCCAGCAAAGUGCAAGAUAUUUUACAGUUGGAUUAUUUGAUAAAAAAAUAUCACAACAAGUUGUAUUUGCUCCAGCUACAAAAAUAGACAUGGUUCUUCGGUUUUAUAAACACUGUGACAAGUGGCAAAAGCAAGUUAAGAAAAAUUCCAGUACAUAUAAGGAACAAAAAAUAUUUGGCAAUAGUGAUUUAAUGAAUAAAACUCUAGAAUCCGUAUCUCAAAGGCUCGGUCUAAACAGAACAUUGAGUUUAGAUACUGUAGUUCUUAUGUACAAAAUUUGCGGUUACGAAACAUCGUGGAGGAAAAAUCAUAUAUCCCCUUGGUGUUAUGGCUUUGAUAAGAAUAGAGCUGAGGUGUUGGAGUAUUACAUAGAUUUGAAACAUUAUUGGUUGGACGGCUAUGGAUUUGAUUUAACAUAUAGACAGGCUUGUAUUUUAAUGAAAAAUCUAUUUGAAAGAUUCAGAGGCAAUGGAGCGAACGCAACGUUUCUUUUCGCCCACUCGGGCACUUUAUUAAAGUUGCUAACUCAUUUAGAACUGUACAAGCCGGAGCGGCCGCUGACAGGGGAGUCAAUGAACAAAGACAGAGCUUGGCGAGCCUCUGAUAUUGACUGUUUUGCAUCUAACUUAGCUUUUGUGCUAUAUAAAUGUAAGGAUGGUGACUAUGUGUUGACACUUCAUCAAGAAAGGAUUAUCAAAUUGCCGAUGUGUGAAAAAGAGCUAUGUCCUUUGGCCACUUUAUGGAACUACUUCAAAGAUUCAAUAAACGAAUGUGAUAUAGGCGAUAUUUGUAGACUUGAUUAGACACGCCUUAUUUAGUACGUUAAAGUACAUGGUUAUUAAAGACAUGACCAAUUAUUAUUGAAACCAGUUUAUU